AUGAUGCAUCUCCUGGAGUAUAACAGCGAUGGCGAGUUUAAGCUGACGACGUUCUUGGCCGAUGAAAUUCCCCAGAAAUAUGCCAUACUGUCACAUACAUGGGGGCCAGAGGAGGUCGACUUCGAAGAUCUACGAAAUGGUACAGGCAGAAAGAAGAUUGGCUAUGAGAAAAUACGGUUUUGUGGAGAACAAGCAAAACGUGAUGGUUUGCAAUACUUCUGGGUGGACACAUGCUGCAUUGAUAAGUCAAGCAGCGCCGAGCUUACGGAGUCCAUCAACUCCAUGUUUCGCUGGUAUAGCAAAGCAACUAAAUGCUACGUUUACUUAUCGGAUGUGUCUAGUCCUGAUGACAAAAUCGAAGAACUAGCUUGGGAAACGGCGUUUCGAGAAAGCAGAUGGUUCACUCGCGGCUGGACCCUGCAAGAGCUCAUUGCUCCUAAGUCCGUUGAAUUUUUCUCGAACGAAGGGAUUAUUCUGGGCGAUAAGUCAAGUCUAGAACGUCAAAUAUGUGAAACAACGGGCAUCCCUGGGAGAGUUCUUCGAGAAAGUCCUUUGUCUGAUUUUAGUGUCACUGAGCGAAUGUCUUGGGCAGAGCGACGACAGACCACUCGCGAAGAAGAUAGGGCAUAUUCAAUGCUCGGAAUAUUCGAGGUCUACAUGCCACUCAUCUACGGCGAAGGAAAGCAACAUGCAUUUCGUCGUCUCCAGGAAGAGAUUGAUAAACGGUCAAGCAUAUCUAAUGAAGUAAAAUGGACUGAUAUGGAACGCGAGUGUGUACAAGCCCUGCGCACCUCAGACUACGAACAAUUCAAGAACAGGAAUCCAGAUCGACUUGAAGGAACUUGCCAAUGGGUUCUCCAGCAUGACAACUUCAAUACUUGGCAAAAGAGCGAAUCUUCAAGUCUCCUUUGGGUCUCUGCGGAUCCAGGAUGCGGAAAAUCUGUUCUAUCUAAGUCUCUCAUAGAUCAAGAUUUGAAGAGCAAACAAGCGGGUGCCAUGUGCUACUUCUUCUUUAAGGACGACAAUCAAACACAGCAAAAUAUAGCUACCGCGAUUUCAGCAAUCUUGCAUCAGCUCUUUUCGCAGAAUCCAAUGCUCAUCAAAUAUGCCAUGAAAGACUACGAGGCGGAUGGGCACAAACUCCCCGAAUCUUUCCAUACACUCUGGGAUAUUUUUAUCAAAGCGGUGGCUGAUCCGAAGGCUGGAGAGGUUUUUUGUAUUCUAGACGCCCUCGAUGAAUGCGCAGAAGAAGGGCGUUAUCAGAUUAUCAAUGCCGUCAACCAAUUGUAUCAGAAAGCCAAACCCGAAGAAAGCACCUCUCAGCUCAAAUUCUUGAUUACCAGCCGGCCUUAUCUGGAUAUUGAACGGCGUUUAAGCGAUCUUACAUCCAGCUACCCCAAGAUUCGUCUGCAGGGCGAGCAAGAAUACAAUGCAAUCAGUCGUGAGAUCGAUCUCGUUAUCAGGCGGAGAGUUAGGAAACUCAGUUCCGAACUGAGGCUUAAUCAUUUGGAACAGUCAACCCUCGAGGCAGAGCUUCUAAGAACAACCCAUCGAACAUAUCUCUGGUUGACGCUUAUUCUUGAUAUUGUUCGUGGAACAAUUAAUCCCACAAGUCGAAAACUGAGGGCCACUAUCAAUAAUCUUCCGACUACAGUUAACAAAGCUUAUGAAGCAAUCCUCUCCAAGAUUGGGGAAGAUGAAAAACCUCUGGCAUGGAAGUUAUUCCAUAUAAUUGUUGCAGCAGCUCGACCACUCACCCUACAGGAAAUGAAUGUUGCACUAGCCAUCGAUCGCCAACAUCAGUCCUAUAGCGACCUUGAUCUCGACAGUGAAGCAAGAUUUGAAGCUACGGUGAAAAAUAUCUCUGGACUAUUUGUGACUGUGGUGGACCACAAAGUCUACUUAAUCCAUCAGACAGCGAAAGAUUUUCUAUGUACCCAAACCCUUGGCGAUCCCACCAUGGGCUUCAAGAUCAAUCUAGGAGAUGCGCAUGCAGUUCUUGCUGAGAUUUGUCUUCAGUAUCUUACUCUUUCGGAUUUCAAUGUCCCAAUUCAUGAAGGGUUGACCGCUGCCAUCUGGAACCUGACCAGCAAACAUUCUUUGCUAAAAUACGCAGCGGUCAACUGGUCCAUGCACCUGAAACAUUCAGGUAUAUCUUCUGAAUCGAUUCUCUUUCAACAGGAACUGAUGCCGAGGUUGCUCUGGUUCCUCAAUCCGGAAGAAUACCCAUACACGUUCCGAACAUGGCGACAGGUCACUCGUGCGACGCACCCUCUAGAAAGGGCCUUCACCCAUUCGCCUCUUUGUUUCUCUAUCCGGAUGGGUCUACAAGUUCUUGUUGAUAUGUUGCUACCGCAGCUGCUUGAUGUUGACACUCACUUCGAGGACGGCUUCACAUGUCUAACCGCAGCAGCGAGCGGAAACCGUGUUUCCAUCAUUCAGAAACUCCUCGAACUCGGUGCAAACGUUGAUCUUGCGACAAAGGAUCGAGGGCUUACACCACUCCACCUUGCUGCCGGGAAUGCGUGUGAAGAGACGGUGGUAUUACUGCUCUCUGCUGGCGCAUCGCUGCACGCACGCUCAUUAUCCGGAACGACGCCGUUCUAUAGAGCAGCUCGUGGAGGAUCCCUUUGUAUUCUCUCUCUUCUCUAUGACUAUGGAAGUGAAGUCGAUGCUAAAACCUGGGACAACUGGACGCCACUAAUGGAAGCUGUUGAAAAUGGCCACACAAGCGCAACGAAGCUGCUACUGACCUGGGGGGCAAAUCCCUUGAAUCGAAGUAGUUAUGGCUCUACACCUCUUAGUCUAGCAAGCGACCUCUGUAGGAUAGAUAUCCUUGCGAUAUUACAGGCUGCUAUUCAAGAUUUGCCCCAAGACCAUCUAGAUCUAGAGAACAGCAUGGAUCUAACUUCAGAAGGUCUUGUGGACAGCGACUCUGAUCCAAAUGGCGCGGAGUGGAUCCCUUGGAAUUAUUGA